UUAGCCAAAUGUUUCAAAAAGUUUAGCCAAACACGCGAAAAAGAGGCCAAAGAAAUUGUUUCAAAGGCUUUCAUGGAGCGCCGAGCGCGCGAUUUACCCUAUAUUUCCGCCAGAAAACUAACGAGUUACCGUCACCCGAACGCCAACACCAGCAAAGCCAUGUGCAUUGUUCACAAUAAUUUCACCAAUUUAACCAAAUCCCAACUUCUCUUCAAUUUAUCAGAUCACAGAAUUCGAUAAUUUGAUUCCUUCAUCACCGAGAUCCAUCAAUGGAAACUAACUCAAAUUUGAACCCGAGUCCGAAUGACAGUUACAAUGCGAGGCCGUUGUUGUUGCCAGAGAUCGGGUCCGAUGGUAUAGCACGAGAAUCACCCGUCAUCGCCUACACAGAGAAGAUAAUAGAGGAAGAGCAGCUUCAAUUGAGAAAAUACAUUGCAGAAAACUAUUCCAGGAUUCGGGAUGUUGAACGAGAAUUAUCAAAUCUCACCAUGGAGAUGAAGCUUACUGCUGGGCCAAAGAAAGCUGCACUUGAACACAUGCGAAAGAAAAUUGAAAUGUCAACCGAAAGAAUUCAUAUUGCUAAGCUGAAAGAAUCACAAGCGAAACAGGUGUGGGAAGCAGCAGCAAAAACUGUGAAGGAUGAGGAAGCAAUUAAGCAGAAGCUUUGUGAAGAUUUAAAUAAUCUGGUUCAAGAAAGUAGUAACUCCCAGUUUGCUAGACUGGAGGAAUUGAAACGGCGGCUGGAGGCUUUAAAUCCUAACAGAUUGUCCACUAACUUGACCUCUGGAGUGGACUCAGGGGAACCAGCACAGACUAGUAUAAUUCAAGAUGCUUCAGAAGUUCAAAGCACAUCAAAACGAGCUGGUGGAUCGGUGGUAAAUAUAUCUAAUCAAGGGAAUUUUAGUAAUAUUCCCCUAACAAACUGUGAAAACCAACAGUCUGUUAUUGAUGGAGAGGGAAGAGGGAAGAAGAAAAGUAUGUUCCAAGGGAGACUAAAAGGAACAGGAGCAAUAGCCAAGUGUAGAGGUCCGGCAGCACCUGGUUGGACUGGGGCUGGGUUUGAUGUGGAUGGUAGAAGUUGAGAGUAGCAUUUUGAGAAUCUCUUGCAUUAAAGGGAAUAGGUAUAUUGCUUAUCCAAUUUUUUAAAAUUAAUUUAUUAGCUGCUCUUUUCUUAUUUUGUAUCCUACAACUUUCUGCUUAGUCAAUUAUUUCUUUCAUUUUCAUGAGAUAUGACUACUCUAAAAUUGCAGAACGUCUCGUAAAUAUUUUGCUCAUUAAUGAUAGAUUUGUGAACUUGAUAA